GCUGCCUGUUUGUUUUGAUCCAUUGACGUUUUGUGAGAUUUCUGGAAAAUUUUCCCAAAUUUCAUGGUUUUCUGAGGGUAAAAAAGCCGGAAAAUGGAUUGUAAGAAUCCUCUGGAGAACCUAGAGACCAAUCUGGAGAUGUUCAUUGAGAAUGUACGCCAAAUAAGGAUUAUUGUGAGUGACUUUCAAGCUCAGGGACAGAAUGUGCUGAAUCAGAAAAUACAGGGGUUGGUAACAGGGCUCCAGGAGAUAGAUAAACUCAAGAGUCAGGUGCAGAAUGUUCAUGUUCCAUUUGAGGUCUUCGACUACAUCGACCAAGGAAAAAAUCCUCAGCUGUACACAAAGGACUGCAUCGACAAGGCGAGGAAUAAAAAUGAAGAAGUGAAGGGGAAAAUUGAUGCGUACAGGAAGUUCAAGGCAAAUAUGCUUCUGGAACUCCAGAAAACCUUUCCCAACGAGAUGAACAAAUACCGUGCAAUCCGGGGCGAUGAGUAAACCAUCCAGAUCAUCUCAUACCUAUCACUUAUGCACUAACAAACCACACUGAGAUCAUAAAUUAAAGAGGAUUAUUUAGGAUUUUCCAAAAA